CCCCGGACGCUGCCCGGGGUCUUCCCGGGUCGGGGGGACGGGGUCCCCAAGGCGGGGGCCCUGGGGAAGCGCGGGUCCGCCUGUGCACAUGCGCACUGACUCCUCUGGACCCCCGAAAGUCGGGCGGCAGCGUGUGGCGGGCUCUGGACAGGAGACUCCAGGACCCCGUGCAGCUGCCUCCGUCCUCUGUGCUGGACCCCAUCGCCCCUCCCAGCGCCGCCUCCAGAGCCCUCAUGCCUCUGUGAGAGCAGCGACAAUGGAUCAAUCUCUGGCUGCCGGCCCUGAGAUGAGAAAUGUUCCCUCAGAAGGGACGGUGUCAUUUGAAGAUGUGGCUGUGAACUUCACGUGGCAGGAGUGGCGGUACCUGAGUGAAGCUCAGAGGACCCUGUACCGGGAUGUGAUGCUGGAGACCUGCAAUCACCUGGUGUCCCUAGGGCACUGUGUUACCGAUCCUGAGGAGAGCAUCAGGUCGGAGCAGGGAUUACAGCCGUGGACUGUGGACGAUCCCCCAAACCAGGACCUCUCAGAUCCAUUGUGAUAAAGGCGCGUUUCUGGAGCUGAACGCAAAAGACCCAACAGAGUGAGUGACAUGGAGCUGCUCCACUCCACAGCCUCAGAGUGACUGCUGGGAAAUGCCUGUGACUGUCCUUGUAGGUGUCAUGUUUUAUUCAGGUCGAUGGUUUUACACAGAUGACGGCUCCAGGGGUGACCAAUCU